GACCGAUCCUCACACACACAACACAAAAAACCGUCAAUUUGUUCUUUAAACCUCGGGAUUUCUGAACCGGUUUCUCUCCGCACGGGUCUACCGUGAAUCAUACGGAACAGCGUCGGUGUUUGAAUCCUGAGUUUGCGAAAUGUCUGUUGUUUUUGUUCCCAAAAGGCAACGCGGAAAAGCGCAAAUCAACCAAGAGACAAUUCAGAGACUGCUGGAUGAGAAUGAUCAGCUGGUGAGAUGCAUCUCUGAGUAUCAGCAGAAGGGUCGAGCCACCGAAUGUGUUCAAUACCAGCAGAUUCUGCACCGUAAUAUUGUGUAUUUGGGAACCAUAGCAGACGCCAGUACAGAGAUCCAGCCGGAGAACACACAGACGUCUGCUGACCACUAGACUUUGCUUGCUGUAAACAUGGUGUAAUAAAUGACCCAUAAUACUGCUCUGCAGCUCAUUUAUGAUCAGAUAUUAAGAGAUGAAGUCCCAAAAUAUCCAGUUAACCCAUAUUUUAAGCACAGGUCUAAAUAAAAACUACAUAAAUAUGUGAUGCUGAAUGGUAAAGUAACAUUAUAUAGAUUUGAAAUGUAAUAUUUAAUAUGCUUUGUGUAUUUACACUAAGUUUUGUAAACUUACCUUGACAGUCGAUAAAUUCAGACUCAUUCAUCUCCUCUUUAAACUACAUGCAUUUUUUUCACGAAAAUUAAAUGACAUUUUCUAACAGUUCAGAUAUUGCUGCAGGAACAUUGUUUAUAUGUACAUACUUUGAUCAUGGUUUUGAUUUGAUGUAUAAACCACAAUAAACAUCUGUAUAUAAUGGAAAAAU